UGUUUUGUAGCUCAAAGUGGUAGUAAUUUUAGUUGUCUAUAUAAAAGAAUGCUUAGUGUUGCUACAAACACCACCACCUAAAAUACAAUACACCACUUUUCUCUUCCCUUCUCUUCUUCAAAGUUCAAAAAUCCAAACUCACCAAUUUCACCAAAUGGGUAGCCUGCCAAUAGAUCUAUUCAACCCUUUAGACAAUGAAAAUUUUGUCGAUGAAUCAUCUAGAGUUCUUGAAUUCAUAGCCGAUUACUACAAAAAUGUUGAGAAUUACCCAGUUCGAAGCCAAGUCAAGCCCGGUUAUCUUCAAAAGCUAUCUCCCAAUUCAGCCCCCUACUUUCCAGAGCCCUUAGAGACUAUCUUGGGAGACAUUCAAACCGACAUAUUACCGGGCUUAACUCACUGGCAGAGCCCCAAUUUCUUUGCCUAUUUUCAAGCCAAUGCAAGCACUGCUGCUUUCUUAGGAGAGAUGCUUUGCACUGGCCUUAACGUCGUUGGCUUCAACUGGAUAUCUUCCCCGGCUGCCACUGAACUUGAAGCCAUUGUCGUGGACUGGAUGGGCAAAAUGCUGAAGCUUCCACAGUCGUUUCUCUUCUCUGGCGGAGGUGGAGGUGUCUUGCAUGGUAGUACAUGCGAGGCCAUAGUCUGUACUUUGGCUGCUGCCAGAGAUAAGGCUUUGAAUGAAUUGGGUGCCGAUAAAAUCACCAAAUUGGUGGUGUAUGGCUCGGAUCAAACGCAUUUCACCCUCCAAAAGGCCUCCAAACUUGUUGGAAUUAAUCCUAACAAUUUUCGCGCGAUCAAAACAUCAACGUUGACAAGCUUUGCACUAGCACCGGAAGAUGUUAGAGCAACGAUGGAGGCAGAUUUGGCAUCCGGGUUGGUGCCAUUGUUUCUCUGUGCAACUAUAGGUACCACUGCAUUAGGUGCUGUGGAUUCUCUAGAGGGACUCGGACAGGUGGCAAAAGACUACGAAGUUUGGUUCCACGUGGACGCUGCUUACGGGGGCAGUGCUUGUAUCUGCCCGGAAUUCAGGCAGUAUUUGAAUGGAAUUGAGCUUGUUGAUUCCAUUAGCAUGAAUCCACAUAAAUGGUUUCUCACCAACAUGGACUGUUGUUGCUUAUGGGUCAAAAACCCAAGUACAUUGGUUGAUUCUCUAUCCACAAGUCCUGAGAUUUUAAGAAACAAAGCCACUGAGUCAAAGAAAGUAGUGGACUAUAAAGACUGGCAAAUCGCGCUGAGCCGGAGGUUCAGAGCCUUGAAGCUGUGGCUUGUGAUAAGAAGGUAUGGUGUGGCUAACUUGAUGGAACACAUCAGAAGUGAUAUCAAACUAGCCAAGAAGUUUGAGGGAUUCGUUGUGGAAGAUGAAAGGUUUGAGGUGGUUGUGCCGAGGAAGUUUGCGUUGGUGUGUUUUCGGCUGAAGCCGAGGAGGCGUGAAGAAGAUGGGUCGAAGCUGAACUGGAAGCUGCUGGAGGAAGUGAAUUCGAGUGGAAAAGCUUUCAUGACCCAUGCAGUGGUGGAUGGUACAUUUCUAAUACGUUGCGCGAUCGGAGGGACAUUCACUGAGGAACGACAUAUUGAUGGGUUGUGGAAGUUGAUUCAAGAAAAGGCUGCUGAUCUGUUACUAUUCAAGAAUGGUUGCAAUAUAGAAGAGUAGACUUGUAUGUUUCCUAUGAGAAACAUAAUAUAUACUACAAUAAAUUAUAUCCGGAUUAGUCAGAGUUUGAAUCCGGAUUAGUCAGAGUUUGAAUCAUAUUACAAUAAAGGACAGUGCUAAAUUGCCCGAGACAAUGUCCCCACUAUUGGGCCCGAAUGAUGGAUUGCUUAUGUGGCACUGAUAUGGAAUAUAUAUAUUUUUAUUUUAUUAAUUUUUUUAUGAUAUUA